AUGAACAUUUUAGGGAUUUAGAAUAAUAGAUUCCAUCGACAGGCCAUUGAGAAUCGUACGAAAAAUGAAUGCCAUGAGUACUACCUUUUGAACAAUGAAAAAAAGAAACAGAAGAAUGAAUAUUAUGAAAAAUGGCUGAAGUAAAGAGAGAUGCAGUCCAAUGCAUCUACAGAAACAUAUUUGGAUAUCAUUACACCCAAUCUUCCUUAAGCUAAGAUUCCUAAUACCUUUUAAGUUAAGUUGAUGAAUGACAUUUUUAAAGAAAAUAAACAAAAAAUGCAUUAUUGA